AAAGAUUAUGUACUACAAUUAUGAUUGAAAAUGCAUGAUAUACACCUAAUAUUAUGCAAAUUGUUCGACCUGCUCAUGAUGAUCGAGAGACAUGGAAAAUAACUGACAUUGAUUUUUCUGUUUAAUCAACCAGUCUUUUCGCCCCACCUUUACACCAAAAAAAAAAAAGAAAAAAAAAAACUUCUACUGUUUGAUUACAUGGUUUCAGCGAAAAAACAAUACUAAUCACAAAAUCAUUUGAUUCCAAUGGCAGAUUGAAAUGGCUAUCAAUCAUUAAAGUGCAUUGCUCCAUGCUUAAUAAAUGGGUAUAUCAUCACUGAUGCAACACCUCAAUAUCCUUUGCAGCUUACAAAGGAGUGUAUGAUCAGAAAUCACAAUUUAAGGUUUUAAAAACAAAGCCUUUCACCUACCUAUCAUUGUCUACAACUUCCAAACUUUCCCUAUAAAACCCAUCCCCACCAUAUCAAGAAUGCAUCAACUACUCAUUACAAUUACAAUUCCUAUCAUUAGCACUCCUUUACAGUAUCAUCUCUAAUUUCUAAACCAUCAUUUAACAGAACCAAAAUGAUGGAAAAGCAAUGUGUCUUUUCCUUCUCACUAGCACUGCUACUUUCAUUUUUGUAUUUCACCAACACUUUAGCGCAAUUAUCACCAGCUUCUGCCCCUCUUAAACCAGUUCAAGCUACCCCUACCCCACCAGCUGAGGCUCCUAAACAGCCAUUGGUUCCCUCAUUGCCACAGUCACCAAGUGAUGUCACUCCCGACACUGCAGCUGUUGACAUUGUUGGAAUCCUGAGACAGGCCAAGUCAUUCAACAUCCUUAUCCGUCUCAUGAAAACCACCCAAUUGAUCAACCAACUCAAUGCACAGCUCCUCACCACUAAGUCAGGUGGCAUCACCAUUCUUGCACCUGAUGACAGUUCCUUCUCUCAACUCAAACCAGGCUUCCUCAAUUCUCUUUCUGAUGGCCAAAAGCUCGAGCUCUUACAGUUCCAUGUUCUGUCAGACUAUGUUUCUAGCUCUAACUUUGAUACUCUAACCAACCCAGUGAGAACACUUGCAGGAGCUAAACCUGGAAAAGUAGAACUGAACGUGAUAAGUUACGGAGGCAGUGUGAACAUCUCAACGGGUGAGGUUAAUACCACCAUCACUGGCAUUGUGUACACAGAUAAGCAUCUUGCUAUUUAUAAGGUAGGGAAGGUGCUUCUUCCUAUGGACUUCUUUGUUGUUGCUAAAGCACCUGCAAAGGCUCCCUCCUUGGCUCCAGAAUCUUCGGCAAAGGCGCCUAAAGCAGAUAAGGAGAAGUCUCUGCCUUCAGAUUCCUCACAAUCGUCUGAGAUUAAUGGCACAAAUGAUACCUCUGACACUGUCAAAAUCAAUCAUGGAAAGUGGUUGUCACUUGUCCUUGGAACAAUUCUCCUUAUGAUUUUCUCAUCAUAAACUGAAAUUGGUUUCAUUGAAUUUACCAACGUUCAAGCCAAUAUACAUUUAAUGUUCAAAGAAUGAAAUGGGUUGCGUGAUUGCGAGAAAAGAGUGAAUAUUGUGAAUCCAGAGCGAAAUUCGAAUGUUGUAGCGGUGAAUUUACCAGAGUGCCUGUUGUUUUUCUCUAUAAAUUAAUUUAAGUGUUGUGUUUUGACUUAA